UUUGCGCCGCCGCGGAGCUGAGGCCCCUCCCCCACGAUGCCGGUCGCCCGGAGCUGGGUUUGCCGCAAAACCUACGUGACCCCGCGGAGACCCUUCGAGAAAUCCCGCCUGGACCAGGAGCUGAAGCUCAUCGGGAACGCGCUGCUGCGGCGCCUGGUGCGGGUGGGGGUGCUGGACGAGGGCAAGAUGAAGCUGGAUUACAUCCUGGGGCUCAAGAUCGAGGACUUCCUGGAGCGCCGCCUCCAGACCCAGGUCUUCAAGCUGGGCCUGGCCAAGUCCAUCCACCACGCGCGGGUGCUCAUCCGCCAGCGCCACAUCCGGGUCCGUAAGCAGGUGGUGAACAUCCCGUCCUUCGUGGUGCGCCUGGACUCCCAAAAACACAUCGACUUCUCCCUGCGCUCCCCCUACGGCGGCGGUCGGCCCGGCCGCGUCAAGCGCAAGAACGCCAAGAAGGGGCAGGGCGGGGCCGGCGCCGGAGAGGACGAGGAGGAGGAUUAGGCCACGCCCCCUUCCUUUGGACACGCCCCC